AUGGCUAAUGAAGGUGCGAAUCCUCGAUUAGGUGAUGCGGGCGCGAGUUCAAGUGACGAAGUGAGUGUUGUGUCGCAAAAUUUGCGUAUCCCACAGUUUUGGCCGUUGAAGGUCGCAUUGUGGUUUAAAUUGUUAAAGGCUCACUUCACAUCCGCGCGCAUCACAAAGGACGAAACCAAAUUUAAUAUCACCAUCGCGAAUUUGGGUGAAAAGUAUAUUGAACAGGUCGAGGAUAUUGCUGUCGAUUCGCCAGAGUCAGGACAAUAUGAACUCUUAAAGAAAGAACUAAUGAAACGGUUAACCGAAUCGGACAGUACUCGUGUGCGGAAAUUACUCGAAGGCGAGGAAAUCGGUGAUCGCACACCGUCGCAGUUCUUCCGCGAUUUAAAAAAGCUCGGGACUUCGUCAGUGCCGGAUGAUUUUAUUGUGACACUGUGGAAAAAUCGGUUGCCCACGAACACUCAACGUGUGCUUGCAGCCGCGACGGAGACGAAUAUCACAGCGCUCACGGAAAUGGCGGACAGGAUCCACGAGAUUCGUCCGGAACGUGGACAUCUCGCGUCGGUAUCUCGUGAUAACGAGGUGAUGGAGCUUUGGGAAGAAAUUCAGAAGCUGCGUUUGCAAUUGAGCGAGGUGACGCAAAGACAAGGACGUCCUCGCAAACCACAGAGAAGACGCAGCGGAAGUGAAGCCGUAGCCGUGAUGGAAGUGCCAGCAGGCGUGGAUUAUGCAGGUAUCACUGGCAAUUUAAGACGCGGUCCACGAGAUGCCAAGCUCUAUGUUCCUGGGUACCACCGUCGGGAAACGAGGCGAGCCGUUGGUGAAUGCGGCACACUACGACGGUCCAGCGACCCGUCGCAUUUUUGUUACCGAUAA